AUGUCGGUCGGCCGCGCCCUGGCGCUCGCCGCCUGCGGGCUGGCGGGCGGCUCCGUCCUGCUCUCCGCCGUCGUCGUGGGCAAGCAGCCGGCCCGCGGCGGUGGCGAUAGCGAGCCGCGUUCGGGGGGCUCCGCCGUGCCCUCCGCCGCGCCGCCCGGCUUGCUGCUGCUACCGCCCACCGCCUCCUGCCCGCCGACCGCCGGCUGGAUCGAGAGACCUGCCGGGAGCGGCAGCUACUGGGACAGCAACUGGGACAGACGUGAACCACUGGCUCUUAUCAACCUCAAAAAAAAAAAUGAAGAAACCGGGGAAGAAGAGCUGGCCUCUCGCUUGGAUCACUGCAAGGCAAAAGCCACCAGGCACAUAUUCCUGAUCCGGCACUCCCAGUACCACCUGGACGGCCGGGCUGAUAAGGACAGGACUCUGACCCCCCUGGGUCGAGAGCAGGCUGAACUGACUGGACGCAGGCUGGCAAGCUUGGGAUUAAAAUUUGAUCAGAUUAUCCACUCUUCCAUGACUAGAGCAACUGAAACCACUGAAAUUAUAAGCAAACAUCUCCCAGGAGUCAAAAAAAUCAGUACUGAUCUGCUGAGAGAGGGAGCACCUAUUGAACCAGACCCUCCAGUCUCCCACUGGAAACCAGAAGCUGUGCAGUAUUACGAAGAUGGAGCCCGCAUCGAGGCUGCCUUUCGGAACUUCAUCCACCGAGCGGACGCCAAGCAGGAGGAGGACAGCUACGAGAUCUUCGUGUGCCACGCCAACGUCAUCCGCUACAUCGUCUGCAGAGCACUGCAGUUCCCCCCAGAAGGUUGGCUGCGACUGUCUCUCAACAACGGCAGCAUCACUCACCUGGUGAUCCGUCCCAACGGCAGAGUGGCCCUUCGAACGCUGGGUGACACGGGCUUCAUGCCCCCGGACAAGAUCACGCGCACCUGAGCGCGCCAACGGACGCAGGCUGUCCAGAGCUGCCUCUGGGUCUCUUUGCACUAGCACAUUCUGCUACAGUACCACUAGGUUUUUAUUACGUUGGGGUGUGAUGCUGUCUUCAAAUGUCCUUUAGCCCCAUUCCUCCUUCAUAUUCAUACCUGCCUUUCAGUCCAGAAAAGAAGAAACCUUUGUGAGCCUGAACAUGGCCAGUCCUUAAGUAUUCCCCCAAACUCAAAGCUGAGCUGUGGAAUACAGGUUGAAUGUCUGCUCAGCAGUUGCGAGAGCACUGACUUUUCCCUCACCCCGCUGUGAAUUUCUCUAACCAAAGCUUGCUCCUGUGGGUAUUUUUCUUGUGCAGGAAAGUGAUUGGUGUGAACAGCCUUGUAUCACACUGCAGCUAAAACAAAAGGUGAGCCAGCUUGUUCCAGCUCCUGCAGAAGGGACAAACAGGGAAUUCUGCUUUCCAAAGGACAAAGGGAUAAAGCUUCAGUUUUUGUAAGCUGUUGAGUGUGUAUGUUGAUGUUGUGUCAUUGUUCCCCUCUGCCCCCAAAAAACCCAUGAAAACUGUGCCUGGAGGUUAUGAGCAUGAAGGAAAGAGGGUAAAAAAACAUUUGCCUCAGAGCUGUGGUGCUAGAACUAACUGCUGCUUAUAUUAAGUGUUCCACCAUCCUCAGGAUGUCCUUUAAGAUGUUUAAAGAAUAUUUUUCAGUCUUGUAAAGCCUUUAACCAAAACAUGGUCUGGAGAAGGCUGUAGGGAUGAGACUGUAGCAGUAAGAUGGGAGGAAAGGAAAGCAGCAAUCUUCUCAAAG